AUGGGAAUAUUUUCAAGCUCAGAGUCUUCUUUCAAUCACUCGCAACAAUAUUCUAAAUCCUCUAGUAGUUACAGAAUCCCUGCAAAUCCUCAGACAAGAAUUGCUCCCCAAUUGACAUACGAACAACUCAGAAGAAGAAUUGUGUAUCUCGAGGAAGGAAUUCAUAAGCUGGAGGGACAAUUGGAAGCAGCUGAUUUGCGUAGUAGAAUGUGGUGGACAGAUGUAGAAAACUAUUAUAAAGGCAUGAAGAAAGAUUCUGAGGAGUUGCAGAGGAAGGUUGAUCAGAGACAAGUGCGGUUUAGAAGUGCAAUGAGGAAAGCUCAGGAUCAGGAGAGGGCUAUCAGGGAAUAUGAAGAAAGAGUGUAG